AUGACCGUAUUCGAAUACGCUCCCAUUUCUAACCCUACUGAGCUUUAUUAUAUUCACUGCAAAACGGGCCGGAUAUUACCGAUCAAUUCUGGGGGCUCGAGGAAGUCAGGCUCGGGCUCAGCCUCGAGUACUUCCUCGACCCCGUCGCCAACACCACCACUGCCUGGGACACCAAGUCGAGGGGUCCCGCGAUAUACUUCGAUUGAUCUGGAAGGGGAGCUACCGCAAAUAUUCUCAACUUCACUGAAUCCAAACUUGACCGAUCCGGACAUGACAGCAUUUUAUUCACAUCCAAAUUUGAGCAGACCGUAUCGCACAAAGGCUCCAUCAAGACAUAGUCCACCACCAUUGUAUGAGAAUUCACCAGGCGUGACGCCCUCACCAUCGUCAAAAGGCUCCCGUUUUUCAUUUUCGUCAUCGCAGCCAGCAACAGGCCGUGGUUGGGGUCGUAUAUGCUGGAAGACGGUCAUCUACGCAAUCCCAUGCCUCAUCAUCCUUCUCAUCAUCAUCUGGUCACACGCUGCUUAUCUGUACUAUGAAAAGACGAGGAAGAAG